AACCAGCGACCAGGCGCCGGUACCUUCUCUCUCCGAGCAGGGGGGCAAGCGACAUCGAGCCACGGACCGGCCAACCAGGCAGGAGGCGGAGAUUCCGCCACAAUAGCCAUCAACAAACGGGUACAAAACAAAACAAGUUUUAGAAAUAAAACUGGGAAAAAACCUCUUGCCGCUGACCGAUUCAACAAGAAGAGAGAACCGCAGUUUCUAAUCACGCCGACAAGGAGAGCUUCACAACCACGGCCUGACUGCUUCGGUUCCGGCUGUGCGGGUCACGAUGUACCGGUCCACGAAAGGAGCCUCGAAGGCUCGGAGGGACCAGAUCAACGCGGAGAUUCGGAACCUGAAGGAGCUGCUGCCAAUCUCCGAGGCGGAAAAGGCUCGCCUCUCCUACCUGCACAUCAUGUCCCUCGCCUGCAUGUACACCAGGAAGUCUGUCUUCUUCUCUCAAGAAUCGGAAACUUCCGGCGGCCAAGAAGGGAGCUCGAGCUUCAUGUCCUUCCAAGAACUUUCGCGCCUGGUGCACGAGCUGCCAGGCUUCCUGCUGAUGCUGACCAGCGAGGGGAAGCUGCUCUACCUGUCCGACAGCGUCACAGAACACCUGGGGCACUCUAUGGUGGAUCUGGUUGCCCAGGGAGACAGCGUUUAUGACAUCAUUGAUCCCACUGACCACUUCGUCAUGAGGAGCAACCUAUCGCCGACGACUUCAGCCGACACAGACCGCCUGUUCCGGUGUCGGUUCCAUACGUCAAAAUCGGCGCGUCGACAGAGCGCCGGCACGAGGCUGACGCUGGUCCGCGCACACUGUCUGUCGACUCCAGGAACCGCCGCCUCUUACUGGACUUCAAAUCCCGCCUGGCUCUGCUUCUGCUCCCCGCUGGAGGGCCAGCCGUGCUCCCCCGGCACGCCUCCGACCCUCGCCCCGCCCGCGGACCACGCUUUCUUCCUUGCCGGGUUCCACUCGCGGCACAGCCACGACAUGCGGGUCCAGGACGCGGACGACAGUGUGAGUUUGUACCUGGGCUAUGACGUGGACGCGCUGCGUGCUCGCUCCUGGUACAGCCUCCUGCACCCACAAGAUCUCCCGCACGCGUCUGCCCAGCACUGCUGCCUGUUGGGCGAGGGGGGUGAGGGGCGGGCGGAGAUGGUGGUCAGGGUGCAGAUGCAGGACAGCACCUUCACCUGGCUGUACAUGGUGCUGCACCUGGAGACAGGAGACAGCCCCAUCAGCUGCCGCAGCUACGUGGUCAGUGAGGCGGAGGCCUGCUCAGUGAGACAGCAGCUGUGCACGGAGCAGGCCCAGUUGGCGCUGGUUCUGAGCGCGAGCGCCUCGUACCAGGACAGCCUGGGUCUGCGGUCCCCGGACACGCUGUCCAGUCCGGACCAGGUGUUCACGCCCAGCAGCGGCGGCCUGUCAGGCCAGUCCUUCGACUUCACCAGCCUCAGCUCCUCCGAGGAGCCAGGGGGCGCUGUCACAUCGCUGGAGGAGGAGGCCUUUCCCCAGCAACAGGCCCCGCCCCCCCUGGAGCCUGGCCAAUCGCCCCCUCCCGCCGGGACUUCCGCCCACCUCUACUGCCGCCAACAUGGAUUGGCUGCCGCAGAGUCUGUUCCCACCCCCCUGUCUGAUGCCGCCUCCCCUCCCGCCUCCCAGAAUGCAUCAGCGCGGGGAGGGGUUCGCCUGCACCGCGCCCCGCUAUGCCCCCCAGGCAGGAAGGGGCGGGGUUACCAGCUCCUCCUCUCCCUGCUGCCCGCCGGAGGCCACACCCUCUAUGAGAAGCUGCCCCCCACCCCUGACACCCCUGAGGAGGGGGACUGCACCCUCAUGCCCCCCCUCCCCCUGCCCCCUCUCUACGUGGACCUGCCCCCCCGGGGGCCGUUCUGUCACCCCCUGGAGGGGCUCCUGACCCCCGAGGCCUCGCCCACGGAGUGGCCCCUCCCCCUGGAGGGGGAGGAGGCGGAGCUAGAGCAGGAGAGGGCUGAGAUUUCCUACCUGGCUCAGCAAAUCAGCUCUCUUGCCGAGCAGUUGAGCUCCGCCUCCUCCUCAGGCUCCGCCCCUCUCUCUAACACCCCGCCCCUGGGGCGGGAUCCCGUCUCCCCAUUGGCCGAGAUGUUCCACCCUGUCAAGAGACUGACAGGAAGAGUGGUGGUGGACCCGCCCCGGUCCCUGGACGAGGGCUCUCUGUUUGAGCAGAGCGCCCUGCAGUCUCUCCUCCUCCCCCUGGCCGCUCCCUCCCCAGCCUGCUGGAGUGCCAGCAGCGUCUGUAGCGUUGCCGGCAGCGUCUGUAGCGUUGCCAGCAGCGUCUGUAGCGUCCGUUCGACGCACCCUAGCGGCGUGGCUGGGGGCGGAGCCACAGCAGGCGCGGAAGAAGCGGUCGUCAUGGAGACGGAGUCCUCCUCCGUCCCAGAGUGCCCGGCUGCGCCUGCCACGCUCACCGCCCCCGUCGCCACGCCCAGUCUGCCUCGCGCCCAGCCCUCCCUCGGAGAGCUGGUCGCCAUGGAACCCGUGUUUGGGGCAGGAGCCUCAAUUGCCCCUGUCCUGGGGCAACAACCUGAGUUGCAUCAACUCCACUGUGACCCCCCCCCCACAACACUUUCAGCCAGGUAA